CCUACAUUUCCCAUAAUGCACUUGGCUUGGUUCGUUUCCGGUCCUGCGCCGUUUCUGGAGCGGAUUGGAACCCGGAGUCAGGAUUCGAUAAAUGAAGGGUCUUUUGCAGAAAAGGUUGUCAUAAUGGCUGAGCAGACAUCAGAUGAGCUGAUCUGGUGUGAGGACUGUGGGCAGUACCAUGACUCUGAGUGUCCUGAACUGGGACCACUGGUGACCGUCCAGGACUCCUUCGUCCUCAGCCGGGCCAGGUCGUCUUUACCAAACAGCCUGGAGAUCAGACAGGCGGCUGAUGGAGGGGAGGGGGUGUUUGUCAUGCGCCGGCUGGUCAAGAGGACCCGGUUCGGCCCGUUUGAGGCGAAGAGGGUCCCCCACCUGGAGAGAGAGGGAGUGUUUCCUCUGAAGAUCUUCCAAAAGGAUGGGCUGGUGGUGUGUUUUGACUCCAGCAGUGAAGAAGACUGUAACUGGAUGAUGCUGGUGCGACCUGCCAGAGACCACAAACACCAGAAUCUGACAGCCUACCAGCAGGACGAUGACGUGUACUUCAACACCUCGCAGGAUGUGCUGCCAGGAUCAGAGCUGAGGGUUUGGUAUGGAGCGUUCUACGCCAAGAAGAUGGAGAGGCCCAUGCUGAAGCCUCCACUUCCACCUCCACCAGUUCAAGCAGAUGAGACACCUUCCUCAGCUAAAUCAGAGACUUCAGAUAAAACCAGAGCCCACACAGCAGCUAAAGAAAACAAUGCAGGCAGCACGCUGAGUCAUCUCGAUGAGGUACAGACAGUAACGAUGUCUCCAGUCGAAGAGAGUCUGGGCCCUGUUGAGGAGGAGGGAGACCCGCCUCCUGCAGCUCCACCGGGGCCCAGGAGAGGACCGGGCCGGGGGAGGAGAGCGAAGGGACGCAGGCCUGGAGCUGCAUCCGCCGCAAGCAAAAACAAAGAUGUGAAGCCUCCAGUGCGGAGCUCGGAGCCGAAGGCGUCACGGUUGGCAACAACAACAACAACAACAGCAGCAGAGAGCAGCAGCACGUCGAGCGCCGCAGACAACCCGGCCGUCCUGAAGAGACACAAAGUCCGAGAGCACAAGAGGGUGUACCGCUGCUCGCUCUGCAACAAGGUCUUCCAGAACAGCAGCAACCUCAACAGACACAUCCGAUCUCAUGGUGAUAAGCUGUUCAAAUGUGAUGAAUGUGACAAGUUGUUCAGCCGCAAGGAGAGUCUAAAGCAGCACAUCUCUUACAAGCACAGCAAGACCAUGCCCGACAUGGAGUACAAAUAUAAAUGCAACACAUGCGACAAAUCCUUCCGCCUGGAAAAUGCCUUAAAGUUUCACAACUGCCGCACAGAUGACAAGACGUUCCAGUGUGACAUCUGCUCGCGGUUCUUCUCCACAAACAGUAAUCUGUCCAAGCACAAGAAGAAGCACGGUGAGAAGCUCUACUCCUGUGAAAUCUGCAACAAGAUGUUCUACCGCAAAGACGUCAUGCAGGAGCACCACAGGAGGCACGGAGUGGGAUCAAAGCACAUGAAGAGAGAGGAGUUGGAGGCUAACGGAGAAGAAGGGACCAAGUACAGGAAAGAGCCGUCACCCUGUCCCAUCUGUGGCAAGGUGUUCUCCUGCAGGAGUAACAUGAACAAGCACCUGUUGACUCACGGUGAUAAGAAGUACACCUGUGAGAUCUGCGCUCGCAAGUUCUUCCGUGUGGACGUCCUGAGAGAUCACAUUCAUGUCCACUUUAAGGACAUCGCUCUGAUGGAUGAGCAGGAGAGAGAGAGCUUCAUCAAGAAGAUCGGCAUCUCGGCAGAUGACAGCGACGAAACCGACGAUGAUGAAGAGGAAGACGACCCAGAACACCACAAGUACAACUGCAAGAAAUGUCAACUGUCGUUUGCAAAAGGCAGAGAGUACCUGAAGCACAUCAUGGAGCAGCACAAGGAGAGGGGCUACGGCUGUGGGAUCUGUAACCGACGCUUCGCUCUGAAGGCCACCUACAACGCUCACCUGGUCAUCCACAGAGAGCAGCUGCCUGACCCCGCAGUGCAGAAAUACAUCCAUCCAUGUGAAGUCUGUGGACGAAUCUUCAACAGUAUCGGUAACCUUGAAAGGCACAAGAUCAUCCACACAGGGGUGAAGAGCCACAGCUGUGAUAAGUGUAACAAAUCAUUCGCGAGGAAGGACAUGCUGAAGGAGCACCUCAGGGUCCACGAUGACAUCAGAGACUUCCUGUGUGCAGAGUGUGGAAAAGGCAUGAAGACAAAGCACGCUCUGAGGCACCACAUGAAGCUUCACAAGGGCAUCAAAGAGUACGAGUGUAAGGAGUGUAACCGCAAGUUUGCCCAGAAGGUCAACAUGCUGAAACACUACAAGAGACACACGGGUAUAAAGGACUUCAUGUGUGAGCUGUGUGGAAAGACGUUCAGUGAGAGGACGACGCUAGAAACACACAAACUCAUCCACACAGUGGGUAAAACUUGGACGUGUGCGACAUGUGAUAAGAAGUACCUGACGGAGUACAUGUUGCAGAAACACGUCCACCUGACCCACGAGAAGGUGGAGGCUCAGUCCUGUCACCUCUGUGGGACCAAAGUGUCCACAAGGGCCUCCAUGAACCGCCACCUGAGACGCAAACACCCCGAGGUGGUGUCUGUGAGGAUGGAUGAGUUUGACGAUCUUCAGGAACCAUCGACGAUCAACGAUUCAUCCAUCAGCAUAGUGCAGCCCUCUCUGACUCUGGAGAAAGACGGCCUGGCUCACGAGAGGCUCAGCCGACCUUCUCGACACCCGAAGAAGAAGCAGAGAGUCCAGGUGGAACCGGAGCUUUCCGAGUCGGACGAGUACGUCGAUUUCACCGAGCCGAGGGCCGAGUCCAUGACUGAAUUCAACGCCGUCAUCGUUGGAGACGAGACAGAGACCAGCUCUGCUGUGCAGAGUAUCCAACAGGUGGUGGUCCUGGCGGAUCCCAACGCUCCAUCAUCAUCCUCCCCCAACAGCUCCGUGGGUCUGACCAACAUCACCGUCACACCCAUCACAAGCCACGCCCCUGCACAGUUCACCAGCCUGCAGCCCGUCGCCGUAGGUCACCUCACCGCCAGCGACCGGCCCCUCACCCUCGACAACUCCAUCCUCACCGUCACCUUCGACGCCGUCAGCGGCUCCGCCAUGAUCCACAACCGGCCGGCCGAGCUCGUCCCGGAGACGGUGGGACCGGGCGGAGGGGCGACGCAGCAGUCCGUCGCCCACUUCAUCAACGUGACCACGCUCGUCAAUCCCCUGAGUCACCAGCUGGAGGCCCCCACGUUGGCCUGGAGGUCUGUAGCUGCAGCUGAGGGGGGCCAGGUGACCCCCGUCCUGGAGGGGGGUCAAGUGGAGGGUCAGGAGGGCCAGAAUCAGGGACCAGAGCCAGGUCGGUCCGUCCAGAGCCAACCGCCCACCACGCAGCAGCAGAGCGGCUCGGCCCAGCAGAUGUUCAGCUACUGACACAGAGAAGGAGGUGCAGGUCACCUCACACACACACACACACACACACACACACACACACUGUAACAUAGUAGACUUUAUUAAACUGUACAAAGCGUCACACGGAUGCCUCUCCGCCCCAUGAAAUGAAUGAACACGUUUGUUAUUCACAAAAACAAAGUGGCUUUUAUUCAUCGAGCCUGAACCCUCUCCUCUGGAAGAUUUCCAUUUUAAACCAAAGCUACACGAUGAACAUUAAACUGCCUUAUUAUCACUUUUUAAAACCUGCAUGAACACAAAUCUGAUGCUUCAAAAAUCAGAUCUGAAAAUGUACCGACCUGUAAAAAAAGAACUGAAAGUGAAACCUCGUGUGUGAAGUCACGCUCAGCAUAUCCGUUUCAAGAGUCUCACGAAUGAAAUGUUAUUAUUUUCAAACGCUGUAAAACUGUAAUUAUUGUCUGAACUGUCUGGAUGAAUACUGGAAACCUUUUUCUACUGUUAUUUUUUUAUACAAAUACCUUUUUAAAAA